AUGUGGCUGCUGCUGCUGCUGCUCUUCCCAUUCUGUGAUCAGCUGCUGCCGCUGCGACCCCCGGACCGCGCCAUCCGCCCGCACCGGCCGCUCCGGCUGCCCCGAGCGCGCUUCACCGGCCAGGACCGCCCGGAGCUCAGCAGCCAGUGCGACGCCGAGUGUGCGCGGAGGGCGGCGGCGGCGGCGGAGGAUCUCUCCUACGAAACGCUCUACACGGACGGCUCCCGCACUCUGACGCUGGUGGACACCGCGCGGACACCCGCCGCUCGCGCCCCGGUCUCCGGCGCCAACCGCAGCCGCCGGGGCCGCCCCCGCUGUCGGCGUCAGCUGUUUGGGGCUGACGGUAGGUUCGACAUCGCGGAGUCGGGCUUCGCGCUGCGCUUCCCCUUCUCGGCCGCCGUGCGGCUGUCCACGGGCUGCACCGGGGUCCUGGUGUCCCCGCGCCACGUGCUCAGCGCCGCGCACUGCAUCCACGACGGCAGCCACUACGUCAAGGGCGCGCGGCGCCUGCGGGUGGGGCUACUGAGCGCGGGGGCGGCCUCGCCUGCGCCCCCUGGCGGCGCCUCGAACCCGCCGCCCCCUCCUGCGCCCCCUGGCGGCGCCCCCACCCUCCGCACCCGUUGGACCCGGGUCAGGCGCACGCAGGUGCCGCGAGGCUGGGUGCGGGGCCCCGGGGCCGGGGCCGGGGCCGGGGUCAGCAUGGACUAUGACUACGCGUUGCUGGAGCUGGCCAGGCCCCAGGGCAGGCCGCACCUGCCUGUGGGUGUCGCCCCCUCCCUGGCCGGCAGGAGGGUGCAUUUCUCGGGCUUUGACGGCGACAGACCCGGACAGUUGGUUUACCGCUUCUGCCCCGUGGCCACCGAGACGCCACACCUCCUCUACCAGCGCUGCGACGCGCAACCCGGCUCCAGCGGCUCCGGGGUUUACACGCGGCUGCAGGGCCCGGCCGGCGGCUGGCGGCGCACCGUCGUGGGGGUCUUCUCUGGGCACCAGUGGGUGGAGGUGGGCGGCCGGCAGUUGGCCUACAACGUGGCGGUGCGCAUCACCCCCCUGAAGCAGGCGCAGAUCUGCCACUGGAUCAGCAGCUACAGCGGAGACUGCGGCUCCACCUGACUCGCUCACUGCAGUCACAACACAGU